AUGUCUGUCAAAAGAUUCAAACCAUGGUUCUCUUGCUUGAUAGUUGAGAAUAUUACCAAUCAUACCAUGAAGCUGUUUCAAAUCACACCUGGAAACUGUUUCAGGAAAUCAUUGUCUGGCCAAUGUUACGACCUGAUAUUUUACUGGAUUACGAGGACCCUCCAAAAGGCAUAUUGCUGUUUGGUGGCCCCCCCUCCAGGAACUGGAAAAACAAUGAUUGGUAAAUGUAUCGCAAGUCAGAGUGGAUCCACUUUCUUUAGCAUCAGUGCAUCAUCUUUAACAUCUAAAUGGAUCGGUGAAGGUGAAAAAAUGGUUCGAGCUAUGUUUGCUGUAGCAAGAUGCCAUCAGCCAGCUGUGAUAUUUAUUGAUGAAAUUGAUUCGCUUCUUACCCAGCGAUCAGACACUGAACAUGAGAGCUCCCGUCGCAUCAAGACAGAAUUUCUUGUUCAAUUGGUUAGUAAGUUGAUAUAA